AUGCGGCAGCGCAACGGACCCUUUGCUACACAGGGGUCGAGCUCAUCGUCGCCCAGGGAGAGUAGCCGCAUUGCCUGGUGUUCUGAGUCACUGCUACGACAGCACAUGCGCGCACGCACAUCAAGCCGUGACACUCUGCUUGCCGACCUUCAACUCAUUCGAGCAGCAGCGAACACGGUGGUAGUGUGGCGUUGCUUCCUGCGGUGGGGUCUCUAUGCGGUUCGCCGUGCUGCCUUGAGGCGCGUCCAGCACCGUGCUCAGAUUGUUUUGUGGCGUCGUGUGGGUGCCAGGUGCUUUGCGUGGUGGCGAUUAGUGACGGAGCGGCGGUUGUGCCGCGAGGUACUUUAUGCCGAAGCUGCCGCACGAGAAGGUGUGUUGUUGCUGAACGGCGUCUGUCGCACAGCAUGGGAUAAAUGGCGUCAGUGGGCGCGAGCGCAUGUACGACAGCGGGGGAGAGCUGUCCAUCUGGGACUGGUGAGCCGCCAGCGGCAUGCGUACCUUCGAUUCCGCGCAUGGACGUGUCAUCUGCAUCAGUGCCGUCAGCUGCGGGCUGUGGAGCAGAUUCGAUUCGCCGCCGAGCGGUCGCUGGCUCGCUUUACUCUGAUCCGUUGGCGCCUGCAUACCCUAGAGGGCUACCUCACUUUCCCUCUGCAGGUGCGGACGGCGCAACGAGUGGCGGCAGCGGCAUUUCGCGUUUGGCAGCGUCGUGCGCUCAUUGGCGCUGGUACGCGAUUCAUCUGUCACGAGGCCCUUUUUCGUGUAGCGCAGAGCUUUUUUGACCGGUGGAAGCGAUGGCUUCGACGGAGGUUACAGUCAAUAUUGCUACAGGAAGCGAACGAGGCUCGCCUUCUGCUCCACAUCUUCUUGCAGUGGGCGUGGAUCCAUCAGCUCCGCGCGUUGGAUUAUGAGCAGCAAGUUGCAGAGCGCGAUCUGCCACGCCUCUUCUCUUGA